UGGAAGGAUGGAGCGAGAUGGACAGGGAGGGAGACACCGGCUUACGACGUCAAAGGAGUACACACACAUAUACACACACAUACACACACACACACACACACACACGCACACACACGCUCACACACGCACAUAAACACACGCUCAGAGGAUAGAUAGGACUGGAGAACCAACAGACUGACAAUUCCCUGCGCUCCACUGAAGGAAGCCGAAAUAUCCAACACAUUCACGUCGGUCGGGUCGGCGAAACAUUUGGGGGAUUUUUGUCUGAGGAAAGAAAAGAAAAAUCUCGGGAGCGUCACGUUAAAGGAGGCAAAACUCGCUCGCUCGCUCGCUCGCUCCUUUCCGAAUGAAGCCUUGUUAAAUCUGCUUUCAAAAAGCAUUUCAAGAGCCACCACAAGUCCAAUGAACUGAAUCGUUGAGACUGAACAAGUCCGAGGCGGAAGACAGCCAGCCAGGCAGGCAGGCAGGCAGGCAGCCACGCAGGCAGGCAGCCAGGCGUCCACUGUUUUCCUCCAUUCUUUGCCAAGAGCAGCACCACAGACUCUCAAUGAAGGAGCCUGACGCAAUCAAGCUCUUCAUUGGGCAAAUACCCCGAAACCUGGAGGAGAAGGACCUGAAGCCCAUUUUUGAGCAAUUUGGCAAGAUUUAUGAGCUGACAGUGAUAAAGGACAAAUACACUGGGAUGCACAAAGGAUGCGCCUUCCUGACGUACUGCGCACGUGAGUCGGCUCUAAAAGCCCAGAAUGCACUGCACGAGCAGAAGACGCUGCCAGGGAUGAACCGUCCCAUCCAGGUGAAGCCAGCAGACAGUGAGAGUAGAGGGGAAGACAGGAAGCUGUUUGUGGGCAUGCUGGGAAAGCAGCAGACGGACCCCGAUGUCAGAAAGAUGUUUGAACCCUUUGGCAGCAUCGAGGAGUGCACGGUGCUCCGCGGGCCCGACGGUACCAGCAAAGGGUGCGCAUUUGUAAAGUUCCAGAACAACGUGGAGGCCCAGGCUGCUAUCAACGCUCUGCACGGGAGCCGCACUCUACCAGGAGCUUCGUCCAGUCUGGUCGUUAAGUUUGCCGAUUCGGAGAAGGAGCGGGGACUUCGGCGAAUGCAGCAGGUGGCCUCUCAGUUGGGAGUCAUCAGUCCCAUGACCCUGCACCUCGGGGCCUACAACGCCUACACGCAAGCUUUGAUGCAGCAGCAGGCACUGGUUGCCCAGUCCGCCUACCUUUCUCCCGUUGCCACGGUGGCGGCCGUUCAGAUGCAACAGCUGGCUGCCCUCAACCCCAGCAGCAUCAUCGCCACACCCAUCGCAUCCAUCACUCCCUCCUCAGGUACCAGCACUCCACCCUCCAUUGCGGCCACACCUGUUCCUGCUCUGCCUCCACCCAUCGCAGUGAGCAGCUACCCCUCCGUGGCAGCGCCACCCAAUGGCCAAUCGGCAACCGAGGCCCUGUACACCAACGGGGUCCACGCCUAUCAAGCUCAGAGUCCUGUGCUGGACCCCCUGCAGCAAGCUUACACAGGCAUGCAGCACUAUACAGCCACCUAUCCUGCUGCCUACAGCCUGGUGGGGCAGCCGUUCCCCCACCAGCCCACCCUGGUAGCUCAGCAGCCACAGCAGCCGCAGCAGCUACAACAACGUGAAGGUCCCGAAGGUUGCAACAUCUUCAUCUACCACCUGCCUCAGGAGUUCACCGACUCUGAGAUCUUGCAAAUGUUCUUGCCCUUUGGAAAUGUCAUCUCAGCCAAGGUCUUUGUCGACCGUGCCACCAACCAAAGCAAAUGCUUCGGCUUUGUGAGUUUUGACAAUCCAUCCAGUGCUCAGACUGCCAUCCAAGCCAUGAAUGGCUUCCAGAUAGGCAUGAAGAGACUGAAGGUGCAACUGAAAAGGCCCAAGGAUGCUAACAGACCUUACUGAAGGAGGACAAUUUAGGAGUUCAAUCAAGAAAAACCACCUCGGGAUGUCCCAGCCUUGUUUGGUUGUUUGACCAACCAUAAUAGCACAUAGGAGCAACACUUUACACACACACGCACACACACAGAGAGAAAAAAAAGACAGUAUGACAUGAUUUAAAAAUACACCCAAAAUACCAAAACACGACUAACUGCAGUAAUAUCAUCCAGCCACAAAUACUACAAUAUCAGAAGCGCUCCAAGAGUUCCUAUCAUUCCAUAGCUGGAUUCAUUUAUAUGAUGUACAUAUUCUGUCAGCAACAACUUCUAAUCUACAUGUUUAAAAAAAAAAAGAAGAGCAUAUCACUUAUGUGAUUCUACUGAACAGGGUCCUGCUGUAUAGUGUGAUUUGUGAUCUAGAAGGUCGGCUCUACACAGUCGGGAGGGAAAAGAAAAUAUAUUCUGUAUCAUUACCACUGGUAAUUUUGUUAUGUAGAAGUAGUUUGAUUAUUUAUACUUAAAUUAAGAUGAUGGAAGAGAAUUGAAUGGGUUUCCUCACACUGUAAAUACCUUGGUUGGGAGAGGGCGGGGCUAGAGGGAUGAGUCAAAAUCUAAAUCUUCUUCUGCUGCCACUACUUUUCAACUUUACAAAGUGGAAAAAAAGGGGUUGGGAUUUUUUCUAUCUUGUUUUUUUUUUACGUUUAAUUUAUUUGGUCAUAAAUUUGAUGGGGGGGGGGAUGUGAUUUGUUUUUAUUUAUUUGAAGAAUUAAGAGGACUCAUUCCUUCAAGACAAUGAAUAUCCUUAUUAUAGAGUUUUUAAAUGACAUAAAUGUAAGGAAGUUAAAAAAGCAUAAUGUUUCCUUAUUUAUUCUCUACAGUUGCUGUUUUAAAAUAUGUCUUUAAAAGAAAAUAAAGUACAAUUUAGACAAAAGA